UAAAUAAUGUAUGAGUGUUUCAGUACUCGUGUUAGUUUUGGAUUACCGCUUAAACAUAAGAUUACGUUAUAUGAGUUUUCGAAGAGGCAUGUGUUUCUCAACCACGAAGUUGCUAGGCGCCUUUUGUUUUCAUUCCUGAUGUUACAGAUAUGUCAAGCGUGCUAGCAUCUAGCUCUAAACUUUUUGUGGAUCAACUUUUUACUACGCUGGCUAAAUUAAGUUAGUUGUUGUAUCUAAAUACGGGAGCUAGAUAUAUUUGAUUUGUUGUUGUGUUUAGUGAUAUAUUCGGAGAAGCUUCUUAAUUUAUCAUGAGAUACAUUAUUACAAUGGAGGUGGAGGAGGGGAAUAACGUUACAGAAGUUUUCGUCCAUAUGCUAUUUAGCCUAUCAACUGCUAGUUUCUUAUCCUAGCUGUUGGAUGUAAUAUCUAACUUGAAACAACUAACGUUAGCAUAUCUGGGGUAGCGUCCGUUGAGUCGGUAACAUUACAUUACCAACGUUGGUUUUCAUGGUCAGACAAGGACUGCUUGAAAUCAGUAAAGAUACACUCUUGCUUUCUAGCACUACUGUAAGUAAUAGAAGCUACAGUUAACGUUAUGAAAAUGUAUGUGAGUGAUGAUGGCUAACGUUACAUUAUCAGGUUACAAACAGUAACGUUAUUUCACGUUUAACAGGCUUAACAAGCAAUAACGUGUAUUUAGUCUUAGCACUUCGCACUGUUUAUAUAAACCUGAAGCUACAGCAAAACCUUUGGGAUUGACAAACAAUUCAAAGUCAAACUUACAGCUAAUGCCAAACCAUGGAACUGUACCAUGUAUUGGAGAUGAUAGGAGAGGGCUCCUUUGGUCGAGUUUACAAAGGUCGCCGAAAGUACAGCGGGCAGGCGGUGGCGCUCAAGUUCAUACCAAAAGUGGGUCGCUCAGAGAAGGAGCUUCGCAGCCUCAAAAGAGAGAUUGAAAUCAUGAGAGGAUUAAGACAUCCCAACAUAGUAUUGCUCUUGGACAGCUUCGAGACUGACAGGGAGGUGGUUGUAGUUACAGAAUAUGCUGAAGGGGAGCUGUUCCAAAUACUGGAGGAUGAUGGCAGCUUACCUGAGAGCCAGGUACGUGCAAUUGCCUGCCAGUUGGUGUCUGCCCUGUACUACUUGCACUCCCAUCGGAUUCUUCAUCGAGACAUGAAGCCGCAAAACAUCCUACUUGGGAAAGGAGGAGUUGUGAAGCUGUGCGAUUUCGGCUUUGCCCGUGCUAUGAGUGUGUCCACUCUGGUGCUGACCUCCAUAAAGGGAACGCCACUCUACAUGUCCCCGGAGCUGGUGGAGGAGAAGCCCUAUGACCACACGGCUGACCUCUGGUCCCUGGGCUGCAUCCUGUACGAGCUCCACACUGGAGUGCCCCCUUUCUACACCAACUCCAUCUUCCAGCUGGUGCAGCUGAUCGUCAAGGACCCCGUGAAGUGGCCGGAGACCAUGAGCCCGGGCUGCACGAACUUCUUACAAGGUUUGUUGACGAAGGAUCCCCAGAGAAGGCUGUCAUGGCCUCACCUCCUUCAGCACCCGUUUGUUGCUGAUGAAGUUCUAGUGCUCUCGGACGAGGGUUCAUCCAGUCCACUGACCGUCACUCCCAGUCCAGAUGUGCAGGCCCAGAAGCAGCUGCAGACUGCCGAGAGGACGGCUCCCUCCGCUGGGGAGAGCAAGCUGCUGCGCAAAGCCAGGGAGCAGAGGGACAAGGAGAGGCGAGUCAGACAGGAUCAGAUGGGAACGUCUAAAGCGGUUCCACCAAAUCAUACCCGCUCCAGAACUGCACCAGCUGGGAAAACCUCCUCUGACAACUCCACCACCGCCUGCCCCCAGUUACAAGCAAAUAGCACAAGGGUCAUAAGGGUGCAUUCGGCUCCGAGUAAAGGUCAGAUCAGCAGGGACUACGAUCGGGAGUUCCCCUCGGUGGAGGUCGGCCCCAGGCAACUGCUGAAGUGCUCCGGGUCAAAACAAAGCAACCUGGGCUCCGUGCGGAUGGACAGUGAGGACAUUGACAGUGAUGAAGAAUGGCAAAAGUUUGCUGAAGUGACGGAUUGGACAUGUCAGGUUUUGGCCAACUCAAAUAUUUUAUCCCGCCUGAAGGGAAAACUGCUUGCUUCCAAAGAAAAGCUGCUGGAUGGCAUGUUGGAAGGUGCGAGUCAGAUUCGGGAACCCCUCCAGGUUCUGAGAAAUGUUUUGAUCUCUGACCCAGAGCAAGCCCGCCAUGUUUGUCAGGAAGUUGGUCUGCCACACUUCCUGUUUGAUCUCAUCGAGGAUGUUCUUGGCAACACAGUAGUCCUGCAGCAGGCCUGGAGUGGAGCAGUCUUGGGAGACCUGAUGACUGUGCUGCUGGUGUACUGGGCAAGAGAUCCGGACUGGGAAGUCGCAGGCAGGAGACUGGAAGAUCUCUCCAAGCUGUUCCUCCCAGUGUUGCUGCGUCCCUGCCCGCACCCUCUGGUGCCUCUAUCAGCCUCAGUUCUGACCCUUUUCACACAUCGUGGUGUGCAUGUGGAGGUUGGGAUGGACAGGCUGAUGCUCAUGUUGAAACAUUUGCUGACAGACCCUGAAGAGUUCUACCACCUCCCAACCCCCCACUGGGGCAUCUGUGAUGGGUUACUCUCACUGUUGCUCUAUACAGUCUCAGAGGGUGAAGUAGACUCUUUGUCUGGCCUGUUGGACUCUGAUGUUUGGUGCCAUCUAUGGGUAAAAGUUGGAACCUCACUGGAAAAAACAACGAAGAGGAACUUUGUGUCUCUCAAUGGACUGCACGAUCUCCUGUCUCUGGCCACGCUUGCCUUCAGCCACGAGCCGUACAGCUGUGUCCCUCUGCUCUCCGACAGCUCGACCGCCUGCGUGUCCACCCUGAGCCAUCUGCUGAACGCUCGCCGUGGCGAGCUGACUGGCAGCAGAGGCGGCGAGCUCUGGGGCGACGCGGGCGCCAGCAACCUCCCUGUGAUGAGCUGCCACCUGCUCUGCUUCCCCUUUGCCCUCGAGUUGUCUCCCGAGAAGAUGGCACAGCUCCUCCAGUGCUAUCACAGUGCCAGCGUCGUCAAGGGUCUUGUGCAGGUCAUCCAGUCCUUGCCCCCGUCCUCCCUGCUGGAGCUGCCCCUCACCUUGCUGUGCCGUCUGUCGCUGUGCAACCCUCAGCGCUCCGUGCCCAGCUUCACCGCCGCGGCCUGGGACCGAGGCUUCUUCUCUGCCGGGGACGCUGGACCGGCGAGGACUGAGCAGAGCCACGACCGGUCACAGUCACAGUGGUCAGGGAGCGGAGCGGGCCGGUCCACACGCAACCCGCUCCCCACAGAGAGCAGCGAGGAUCCGUCAAAGGACAGCAGGAUGAGGGGAAAUGGUGGUCACCACCAGCCAAAAGACAGGACACAGCAGGCCAUGGGGAGGGCAGAGCAAAUGUGGGGAGGAGAGGGUGUGUCCAUCAAAGACAGCCUUGACCAGCACAGUGCCCAUGUAGAGGAGAUUAUGGACAGUUUAGAGAGCUCCAACCUACUCAGUGAGCACAGAGCCCAGGUUAAGAGGACCCAGACCCAAUUCAGAGUUGGUUUAAACCAGUCCAGAACCGUAGAUCAGCCCACAGGGAAGCCCAGCCAAGCUAGUGCCAUGGGGGCAGGAGACCAGCCCAUGGAGCCCGCUCGGGUCCGGACAGCCAGCGCUCUCCUGCUGCUCCUCCUGGAGGAGGUGUCCCUGUCGGGCUGCGCGGCCGAGCUCCUCUCCCUGCUAUCGCAGGUGGCCCGCAGCUCCAUCCGCUCCUCCCUGCUCCUCAUCCCCCUGGAGCCCGCCACGCUGCGCACCGCCCUGGGCCACCCGGAGGACAGCGUGCGGGCCGCCGCCUGCAGCCUGCUGGGUAAUCUGGACCCCCUGGUGGGGUGGUCCACGUCGGACGCGGACGUCCGCCUGGGUUUGGCCGCGCCGCCUGUCCUCCUGGAGGACCUGGUCAGCUGCUUGCGCGACCCGUCUCCGUCCGUGAGGAAGAGGGCGUGCCGGGCGGUCGGGACGUGGCUGGGGCUGAUCGCGCUGGCGGGGCCAGGAGAAGGGACGCUAGGCCAGUCCCACGAGCUGAAACUGGACAGAAAUGCAGGCGCUUCAGGUGGCAGCUCCCUGGCCCGAGCGAGGGGGAGAGUGGACAGACGGGGCAGCACAGGCACAGUCACUGGGGGGGGGACGGGACGGGGUUGAGGGAUGGACGGAGGUGGCGCUGGGCGCGGUGGCACCGCUGGCGUCGCUGCUCCGUGACCCGGACUCCCUGACACGCCAGCA